AUGCUAUUGUUUAGAUUUCCAUAUAAUAGAAUCACUGCCUAUCCACUGAAAACUUCGUAUUUAUUCCAAAGUUACACAAAAAGACAGAGAUUGCUAUUCCAUACAUCCAUUUUAAAAAUGUCUGAAGAAACACCUAAGGCUGCUCCUCAAGACCAAGCUGUACCUGUUCAAGGUGCAUCAAAAGUCAAAACCGAAAAGGAGCUAAAGAAGGAAAAGGCAAAGGCUGAAAAAAUGGCUAAAUUCUUGGCUAAAAAGGCUAAACAAGAACAGCUUGCUCAAAAUGCGGCGAAGAACAAGGAGAAGAAGAAGAAAGUUGAAAAAGAGGCUGCACCAGAAUUUGUAGAUAAGACUGUUCCAGGUGAGAAGAAGAUUUUGGUCAGUUUGGAAGAUCCUUCUUUCUCAGCCUACAAUCCAAAGUCUGUUGAAUCCUCGUGGAAUGAUUGGUGGGUCAAGGAAGGUUUCUUCAAGCCAGAAUUCACCGAAGACGGUGAAAUCAAACCAGAAGGUGUUUUCAGUAUUCCAGCACCACCACCAAAUGUCACUGGUGCUUUGCAUAUUGGACAUGCAUUAACUGUUUCGAUUCAAGAUGCAUUGAUUAGAUAUUACAGAAUGAAGGGUAAGACUACCUUGUUCUUACCUGGAUUCGACCAUGCAGGUAUUGCAACUCAAUCUGUUGUCGAGAAAACUGUUUAUGCUAACGAAGGUAAGACCAGACAUGACUAUGGCAGAGAAGAAUUCUUGAAAAAAAUCUGGGAAUGGAAGGAAAUCUACCAUGACAAGAUUAAGUCGCAGUUCAUCAACUUAGGUGCCUCAUAUGACUGGUCGAAGGAGGCUUUUACCAUGGAUCCGACCAGAACAGCGGCUGUCAACGAUGCCUUCGUUAGACUAUUCGAAGAUGGUACAAUUUACAGAGACUUAAGAUUGGUCAACUGGUGUGUUAAAUUAAACACUGCAUUGUCUAACCUAGAAGUCGAGAAUAAAACUGUUCCUGGUCACACUAUGUUAUCAGUUCCAGGGUAUGAUGAAAAGGUUGAAUUUGGUGUUUUAACACAUUUUGCUUACCCUGUAGUUGGUUCUGAUGAAAAACUUAUUGUUGCUACUACCCGUCCAGAGACGAUCUUUGGUGAUACUGGUGUUGCCGUCCACCCUGAUGAUGCAAGAUACAAGCACUUACAUGGUAAGUUUGUUCAGCACCCAUUUUCCGACAGAAAGAUCCCUAUCAUCACCGAUUCAGAAGCUGUAGAUAUGGAAUUCGGUACUGGUGCAGUCAAAAUCACUCCAGGUCACGACAACAACGAUUAUCAAACUGGUAAGAGAGCAGGUUUAGAGUUUAUUAACAUUUUCACUGACGACGGUAAAUUGAAUGAGAAUUGUGGUGAGUAUGCUGGUUUGAAGAGAUUCGAUGCAAGAAAAGUUGUUGUUCAAAAAUUAGAAGAGAAGGGUUUAUUAGUUGACCAGGAAGGUCAUGAGAUGACCUUACCAAUCUGUUCAAGAUCUGGUGACAUUAUUGAACCUUACCUAAAGCCACAAUGGUGGGUGUCUCAGAAGGAAAUGGCUCAAGCUGCUGCAGAAGCAGUUAAGAACGGUGACUUGAAGAUUGCUCCUCAAACAUCUGAAAACGAAUUUUAUAGAUGGAUGGAGAACAUUCAAGAUUGGUGUAUUUCCAGACAAUUAUGGUGGGGUCACAGAUGUCCUGUUUACUUUGUGAACAUUGAAGGUGAAAAUAGGGAUCCAAAUGACUCCAAAAAUUGGGUUGCUGGAAGGACUUUGGAAGAAGCCCAAGAAAAAGCUAAUGCACGUUUUGCAGGUAAGAAGUUUACUUUAGAGCAAGAUGAAGAUGUUUUGGAUACUUGGUUCUCUUCCGGUUUGUGGCCAUUUUCUACCCUUGGUUACCCAGAAAAAACUUUUGAUUUCUCCAAAUUCUAUCCAAUGUCUAUGUUGGAAACUGGUUGGGAUAUUUUAUUCUUUUGGGUUGCAAGAAUGGUCAUGUUAGGUUUGAAGUUAACUGGCCAAGUUCCUUUUAAGGAAGUUUUCUGUCACUCUUUAGUCCGUGAUGCCCAGGGUAGAAAGAUGUCUAAAUCUUUAGGAAAUGUCAUUGACCCAUCAGAUGUUAUUUCUGGUAUCACUUUAGAAAAAUUACAUGCGAAACUAACCCAAGGUAAUUUGGAUCCAAGAGAAAUCGAAAAGGCAAAGGCGGGCCAAAAGGAGUCAUACCCAGAUGGUAUCCCACAAUGUGGUACCGAUGCAUUGAGAUUCGCAUUAUGUGCUUACACUACUGGUGGUAGGGAUAUUAACUUGGACAUCCUAAGAGUUGCAGGUUACAGGAAGUUCUGUAAUAAAAUUUUCCAAGCAACUAAAUUUGCUCUGAUGAGACUAGGUGAAGAUUAUCAACCGCCUGCCAAGGAAGGCUUGAGUGGUAAGGAAUCAUUGGUGGAGAGAUGGAUUUUGCAUAAAUUAACUAAGACAGCAGAAAAGGUCAAUGCUUCUAUCGAAGCGAGAGAUUUCUAUGAAACUACUCAAGCUAUCUACAACUUUUGGUUGUAUGAUCUCUGUGAUGUCUAUAUCGAAAACUCCAAGUUCUUGAUCUUAGAAGGUACCGAAGAGCAAAAGAAGUCAGCAAGAGAUACUUUGUACACCUGUAUUGAUGGUGCUCUUAGAAUGAUCCAUCCUUUCAUGCCUUUCAUUUCUGAAGAAAUGUGGCAAAGAUUACCAAAGAGAGCAACCGAAACAUCCAAAACUAUUGUUAAGGCAGCUUACCCAAUAUACAGAUCUGAAUAUGACAAUGCAGAUGCGGCAAGUGCUUACGAGUUAGUGUUAGAAAUUACCAAGGGGGCUAGAUCUUUGUUAGCUCAAUACGGUAUCACAAAGAACGGACAGGUUUUCAUUGAAUCUGCAAACUCAAAAUAUUUUGAAAUUGCAGAGUCACAAAAGGACUCUAUUGUUUCUUUAAUCAAAGCGGUUGAAAAGGUCAAUGUUGUUUCCAAACCCGAGGAAAUUCCUUCCGGAUGUGUCUUAUCUGCUGUUGUUCCAGAAGUCAAUGUCCAUCUUUUGGUUAAGGGUAUGAUUGACAUCGAUGCAGAGAUCUCUAAAUUUAACAAAAAGCUAGAGAAAUCCAAGAACUCAUUAACCAAUCUCGAAAAGAUUAUGAGUUCUGCGGAUUACGAAUCUAAGGCAUCUGAUGCUGCGAAGGAAAAGAACAAUCAAUCUAAGGAGAAGACGCUUGCGGAGAUUGAAGGUUUUGAGCAAACUAUUGCUAACUUAGAGAAGCUUAAGUUAUAG